AUGACCUCAGCUCUCCCGAAACCGGUAAAUAACAUCUUGGGCGCAAUUGGCAACACCCCGGUAGUGCGCCUCAAUAAUGUCGUUCCAAAGGAAGCUGCAGAAGUCUUCGUCAAACUGGAAUGCCUUAACCCUACCGGAAGCUACAAAGAUCGUAUGGCUAGGUCGAUGAUAGAAGAGGCAGAACGACGAGGAGACUUGAAAGCCGGCAUGACCAUCGUUGAAGCCACUGGUGGUAGUACAGGGGCAUCACUGGCUCUUGUCUCUGCUAUUAAGGGAUAUCGCUUUUUAGUUGUAUGCUCAGAUGCCUUUUCAGUUGAGAAGUUGCGUACAAUCGCUGCCCUUGGAGCGGAAGUCGAUAUCGUACCCAGCGCAGGCGGCAAAGUCACCGCCGAUCUCAUUCCAUCUUUAAGACGCCGUGCGGAGGAACUCAGCAAGGCGGAUGGGUAUUAUUAUACCAACCAAUUCCACAACAACGACGCUCUUGUUGGCUAUGGGGAGAUUGGAUAUGAACUUGUUGAACAGUUCAGCGAUGGCAUCGACGCCUUCUGUGGUGCUGUCGGUACCGCAGGCAUGGCCACAGGAGUAGCAGGUGUUUUACGAGCAAAGCAGCCUUCCGCAAAAAUAGUAGUGUUGGAGCCUGCUGAAUCACCUCUGCUCACCAAGGGCGAGAAGGGAAGCCACACAGUUGAGGGUAUCGGCUCUGGAUUUAUUCCGCCGCACCUGGAUCAGCGAUUGUACGAUGAAGCUCGUGCUAUUCCUGAAGCAGAGGCUCGAGAUAUGUGUCGCCGCCUUGCGAAAGAAGAAGGACUGCUAGUGGGAACUUCAACUGGGAUCAAUAUUGUUGCCGCGAUACAGCUAGCCAAGGAGCUUGGACCUGGGAAAAGGGUAGUUACUGUGGCGGUUGAUACUGGUCUCAAGUAUCUCAAUGGCACGCUUUUUGCAGACCACUAG